UGUUCAUUCCACCAAGACAUCCUUUGGGGUUACUUAUUGUGGGGUUCGGGGUGGGGUGCAGAGGAGGACGCUGCAAAGGCACGGACUACAGGGGGCAAUCUGUGAAGUUGCGCCCCAGGGGUGUCCUGGGCCCCUGGACACGCGGAAGGGGACCACUGCAGUUUUACAGUAAAAUUGUGAUUUCCCACCUUUCAAGAAUUUUCCGAAGAAAUACAGCUCCCAGCUAUAGUGAGGCCCAAGUACUGCCUUGGUCCAGGAUGGCUAGAGAAUCGAAGGAAAGCGCAGCCUUGGACGCCCAGUCUGCAGAGGACCGGACCGGGAUCCUGACCGUGAAGGUGGAGAAGGAGGAAGCCUCCGCCUUGGCUGCUGAGGCGGGCGCCCCAGUCAGCCCAGCUCCGGGCUCCGAGCACUCCCGCCAGCGCUUCCGAGGCUUCCGCUACCCGGAGGCUGAGGGGCCCCGCGAGGCUCUGAGCCGGCUCUGGGAGCUCUGCCGACUGUGGCUGCGGCCUGAGGUGCACACAAAGGAGCAGAUCCUGGAGCUGCUGGUGCUGGAGCAGUUCCUGACCAUCCUGCCGGGGGACCUGCAGAGCUGGGUGCGGAAGCAGCAUCCCGAGAGCGGGGAGGAGGUGGUGGUGCUCUUGGAGUAUUUGGAGAAGCAGUUGGAUGAGCCGAUGCCGCAGGUCCCAGGUGGUGACCAGGGGCAAGAACUGCUCUGUUGCAAGAUGGCAGUGUUGACAGCAGCUCAGAGGUCACGAAAUACCCAGUUCCAGCCAAGAAAAGCUCCACUCAAGCAUGAAUCUUUGGGAUCCCAUUCCUUACCAGACAGAGUUCUCCAGGUUCCUAGGCUUGCCUCUGGAGGGCGCUGCAGAGAAGAUGCAGUGGUAGCCACCAGGCUUUCUCCAGAGUCCCAGGGGCUGUUGAAAAUGGAAGAUGUGGCCCUGACCCUCGCUCCUGGAUGGACACAGCUGGAUUCAUCUCAGGUGAACUUCUACAGAGAUGAAAGGCAGGAGAACUAUGGCAGCCUGAUCUCCUUGGGUGGUGCAGUGCAGACGAAGAUCAGGGACCUGCCUCCAGACGAGGACCAUCCAGGACAAGAGUCUGGUCAGAUACCAUGCCACUUGGGUGAAGCCAUUGGCCAGAUUCCUGCACGUGCAGAAGCUGGUGAUCAGGAGGGCAGGUUACAAAGAAAGCAGAAAAGUGCUGCAGGGAAUAGGCGGCAUUACUGUCAUGAAUGUGGAAAGACUUUUGCUCAGAGUUCAGGCCUGACUAAGCACAGGAGAAUCCACACUGGGGAGAAACCCUAUGAAUGCGAGGAGUGUGGCAAGACCUUCAUCGGGAGCUCUGCCCUCGUCAUACAUCAGAGAGUCCACACUGGGGAGAAACCUUAUGAGUGUGAGGAAUGUGGCAAGGUCUUCAGUCACAGUUCAAACCUUAUCAAACACCAGAGAACUCACACUGGGGAGAAGCCCUACGAGUGUGAUGACUGUGGGAAAACCUUUAGCCAGAGCUGCAGCCUCCUUGAACAUCACAAAAUCCACACUGGGGAGAAGCCAUACCAGUGCAACGUGUGCGGCAAAGCCUUUAGGCGCAAUUCACAUCUCCUGAGACAUCAGAGGAUCCACGGCAAUAAAAACGUUCAGAAUCCUGACCGUGGAGAGACCUGGGAGAGUCAGGGGAGGCUGGAAAGCCAGUGGGAAAAUGUUGAGGCUCCCGUGUCUUAUAAAUGUAAUGAGUGUGAGAGAAGUUUCACUAGGAAUAGAAGCCUUAUUGAGCAUCAAAAAAUCCACACUGGUGAGAAACCCUAUCAGUGUGAUACAUGUGGAAAAGGCUUCACCCGAACUUCAUACCUUAUUCAACAUCAGAGAAGCCACGUUGGGAAAAAAAUUCUGUCUCCAUGACCCAUGUCUUAUAUGCCAGAGUUGGUGCUCACUCCUCGUUGAACUGAAGCCAGCCUGGAGCCCUUGCUGACUAGAAAAUUGUGAGCUGGGCUUUAUUUACUCCCACAUGUCAUCAGGUGUUUGUUAGAAAAUAGAGACUGGCUGAGAUGAAUUAUCUUCUACAUCUUAGAAGGUGAUUGAAAAAAAAAACAACUUGUUUGAUAAGAGGCUAUGGGAGAGUUGUCUGGAAGAGGUCAGACCUGAAAUGAUUCUCACCUUUUAGACUUAAAUGGGCUUCUAGACUGGCUAAUUAAUCACCCUCGGCCAGCACUUUAUGACGUCUCCUGGGUGGAUGGCUCUGAUUUGGGGCGCUGCUGCUCUGACUGUUCAUUUUGCCUAUA